AUGAAAACCCAAAUAGACGUGCAUCGAACUGGCCAUGAAAGUUCGACUGUAUUUUCUGAGCCAGGUUAUAUCAUGGGAAUCAAAGUGGCCGCUUACUGCAUCAUUAUCGUGACUUCACUUGUGGGCAACAGUCUCAUUAUAGCCAUUGUUCUCAAGAAUUACAACCACCACAUGAAGACACCAAACAACUUCUUCGUUGUGAACACAGCGGCUGCCGAUAUCCUAAUCACAGUGUCCAGUGCUACAGAAGCGGUUGUCACAAUCGCAGCGUCCAAAUGGCUGAUCGAGGGAACAUUUGGACAUUUUUUGUGUAAACUGAAGACAGUAACAAUGGCGCUGUCCGCGCUGGUGUCAACCCAAAGCUUGGCCACAAUGGCGAUUGAUCGUUUCAUUGUAGUGUUCUUUCCUCUCAAGAGAAUCAUUGGGCGUCAUGGCGCAUACUCGAUAAUAACGGUGAUAUGGAUCACGUCCGCUGCCUUUACAAUCCCAAUGGUUUUCAUAGCCGAUGUCCAAGAACUAAGGGGCACUAGCGUGUGUUUUCUGACUUUCUGGAAAUCGAAAUCUAUAGAAAACUACUUUAUUGCAAUAUUCGUGUUAUUCAAAUGCACCCCUUUGGUGAUUCAAGGAGUUUUGUAUGUGGCAGUGAUAUUGAAACUGUGUUUGAGAGAGACACCGGGGAAUGAGCUUCAUAUUCCCAAUCACCAUCACUAUCACACUGAGAAGAUGAACCGCAGAAUAAUAGGAAUGCUCAUCGCAAUUGUGCUGCUGUUUGCAAUUUGCUGGCUUCCCAUUUGGAUUGAAUCUAUGGUCUGCUUUCAAAAUUUUACCAACAACAUUUGCCAGUCGUUACACAUCAACUUCAUCGUCUGGUUCUUGGCCUACAGCAAAAGUGCGAUCAAUCCGUGCAUUUAUUUUGUUUUUAAUGAGACUUUUCGCCACGGUGCCUCUCUGCUGUGGUCUAAAUUCGUCCACAGUCGCUCUCGCCGUCGUUGCAGUAUUUCUCUAAGACACAAUCGAGUAACGCCUUUGCAAAAUCGAGCCGUUCCGGGGUAUGAAGGAGAUAAUACCAACACUACAAGAACAGCGCCUGUAAAUGCAACAACCUAG